AUGACUGGGUGCAACUCUGGAUUAAUAGCUCAUGUCUGCAGAGUGGUGCCCAACGUGAAGCUGACCCAUUUUAUUCUGCACAAGGAGUCUUUGGCCAGCAAAGCAUUACAACCUAACCUAGGGGCUGUUUUCAACUCAGUCGUAAAGGUGCUGAAUCUGAUCAAGAAGAGACCUCUUCAAACAAGGCUGUUGAGAGAGUUUUGUAAGAUGGGAGCAGACCAUGAGCACCUGCUCUUUCAUUGUGAGGUUAGGUGGUUGUCCAGGGGGAGGGUCUGGGAGAGGCUGUGGGAACAGAGAGGUUUUGGCCUAUCUGGAGAAAGAGGACAGCGACCUUGCAGACCUCUUCUGUGACAAACUGUGGCUGGCUAGGCUGGCUUACCUGGUUGACAUUUUCAGAAAGCUCAGUGAGCUGAACACAAGCCUCCAGGGCAAGGAAUCAACAAUUGUUGAAACAGACUCAAUGCUGAGCAUGACCUCAGGGUUGCAC